AUGACACCGGAGCAAAGGAAAGCUUAUAACCAGAAGCGAUACACGCCGAAACGUAAGCGUCUCGAAAAUAUGGAAAAUGGUGAGGGUAAUUCAAGGCGCAAACGUAAUCACGAAGAGCAGUUUGACGCAUUGUCGUCUCUGGAACGAGAUGUCAUCAAGCGGACACAGCAGGCCCAACAGGCACUGAUGCGCCAACAGCGUGGUGGCACGACAACAAAUGCUAACACUGGCACCUACUUGACCACACAUGUUGUGCAGCAGCAGCAGCAGCAGCAACCACAGCAGACCACCACUGUUCUGCCGAAUACAACGUUAAUCCCGAACAACGGCAGCGUGAUCUCGAAUGCCACGGUGCUCGCCACGCAGAUUCAGCCAUCGCAGAUCCAGGCAACUCCGAUGCAACCCACACAACACCUGCAGCAGCAGCAACCACAAAUGCAGCAGCAGACGAUGGCUCAAAUACCGCAGCAAGUCCAGGUGCAGCAGAUCCAUCCACAGCAGCCGCAGCAGCAGCAGCAACCGCAACAGAUCCAAUAUACUGUGACGCCAAAUGGACAGAUGAUGGUGGGCCAGCAUGUGCAGCAGCAGCAGCAAUUGCUUACUCCCUAUACAACAGUGCCUCCACGAGCCUGA